AUGACCUUAACAAGUGGCCUAUACAUCGGAGAUCCCAAUGGAGGGUGUAUAAGAAGUAACCAGUCUAUUAGCAGAUACCUGGAGACUGUGUCAUCAAACAGGUGUAACAAGAAUGCCUCAUCUUCAGCAAGACUACGUACAGAGGGAAAUGACCUCUUUAAGAAGAGGAAAUACGAUAAAGUAUUGGAGAAGUACACACAAAGUAUCCUAUGUGCUCCUGUAGACACUGAGGGGAAGGAAUUGGCACUGGGGUAUGCUAAUAGGUCUGCUGUUCUAUUUCACAAGAAAUUAUAUCAAUUAUGCCUAAAUGACACGGAGUCAGCACUGAAGCAUGGUUACCCAGGCAACCUACACUACAAAAUAUACCAGAGACAAGCUAACUGCUAUCUGAAACUGGGAGAGAAAACCAAGGCUGACAAAGCAUGUGAAGCUGCUAAUGAGAAUCUCAACAAUGUGGCAACUGAUCUCUCAGAUGAUAAAAAGGCCUCAACUCUGAAGGAUAUUGAAACAUUGUGUGCAAAGAUAAAGUUAGAGGAUGUAUCAUACCCAGCAUGCAACACUGAUGUGACACCACUGAGGGUGACUUAUGGGAAGAAUGAUGUCAUUACCCAAGCAUCUGCAGCCAUCAAUGUGAAGGUGAACAAACAGCAGGGGAGAUUUCUAGUGGCAAAUCAGGACAUUAAGGCUGGGGACACUCUGAUUGUUGAGAAGCCAUUCACUGCGGUCCUGUUACCAGAUCACUAUGACAACCACUGUCAUCAUUGUUUUGUUAAACUCACAGCUCCACUUCCGUGUCAUCAAUGCAUUGAAGUAAAGUAUUGCUCAGAAGUGUGUAGAGCCCAGUCUUGGAGCACAUACCACAACAUAGAGUGUGGUUAUCUGGAUCUCCUACAUUCUAUAGGGGUGGCACAUUUGGCAUUGAGGACAGUACUUGUUGCUGGCCUUGAAACAUUACUUGAUCAUCGUAGUUCAUUAAGCACUGCUCCGAUUGGGCAGUCAAUAGCUGGCGCUGAUAGUUCAGGUUGGUAUGGCAACACAUAUACAGCUGUUUAUCACCUGAUGCCACAUGAAGAGGACAUGCUGAUUGAAGAUAUGUUCCAGUAUACAUUGACUGCUGCCUUACUACUCAAAUAUCUCGAACAAACAUCAUUCUUUCAUCCAAUCACAUCAGCAAUUCAGAGUGAGGCUGGUGACCAAUCUCAACCAAACGGACCAAUGAAACCAUUGACUGAAAAAGAGGCUGUGACCUACAUUGGUGGCUUGCUAUUAAGGCAUAUUCAACAGCUUGUAUGCAAUGCUCAUGCUAUUACUGAACUGGAUGCUGGGGGAGACAACAGGGUUGUCAUGACAACCAGUCAAGUACGGGUCGCUACUGCCAUCUAUCCUACUGCCAGUCUGAUGAACCAUUCCUGUAUUCCUAAUAUAAUCUCAAGCUUCAAUAAGGACACCUUAGUUGUGUGUGCAGUGGAGGACGUGCCAGCAGGGGGCGAGAUAUUCAACUGCUAUGGGCCACAUGCUAACAGGAUGGACCUGAGAGAAAGACAGGAAGCCCUUAGAAUCCAGUAUUUCUUUGACUGCACUUGCCAGGCCUGCAUCUCAGAUGGGAAAAAGGAUUUGAUUUUCAAGGCUCUUAAAUGUCUCGAAUGCAGUGGGCCACUAGGACCCCCUGAGCCUGAGAUGACAUGUUUAGAAUGUGGCCAUGUGACAACUGACCUUAGUGCUAUCAGGACAGUGCUUGACACAAAGAAACUAUUCAUGGAUGGACAGGUUUUGGUUGAGCGGACUAAAGUCAAAGAUGCAUUGAAGAAGUUACUAGAGUGCUACAAUCAAAGAGAGCCAGUGAUGUAUAAGCACAACAGAGAACUUGCAGAGGUGCAGGACCAAAUUGCCAGGUGCUAUGCUGAGUUAGGGGACACAAAGACAGCUUUGAAGUAUUUAGACCUUUCCAUCACAACAACAGAGAAGAUGUUUGGACCAACAAGUAUUGAACUGGGUAAUGAACUCCAUAAAAAGGCAGAAAUCAUGUUCAAUGGAAGGAUGGUAAAAGAGGCUUUAGUUGUAAUAGAAAAAGCUCUUGAUAUAUUUAAAUUGAAUUAUGGGGAGGACCAUGUUGCAGUACAAGAGCUCUUCAAUAUGAAGGUGUGUUUAUUGCAGGCACAUAAUGAUCAGUGGUUGCCAUAUAAACAGAAAAUAACAAACUAUAAGUAAUGAUCACCUUUUGAAAUGUGAGUACAGCACAGCUGAAUGCAACGUUGAAUAGAUCGUUCCGAUAAAUUGUGCCACCUUUUGGUACAUUAGAAAAACUAUCAUGUAUUGGCU